UCCCAGAUGUUACACUGUAUAUGGCUGCGCAGAUGUUCAGGGUCUGUACUCCCCAACGUCUCAAGUCUGAGUUUGAGACUCGGACUUAGAAAAGCCAAUUUUGAAAUGUUACAAAUAUCUUUAAUAUAUGUUUAUGGACAAAAGAUGUUUAAAUUAUAGUAAAAUACAGUCGAAAUCCAUAGGCUCGAACUCCCAGGGACCAGUGAAAAUACCUCAAGCCUCGGUGGAAUUCAAGCCAAUCGGUAAUGCUUUCCUUUAGUAUUUAGAAAUCCGUCCUUUACAUCCAGUUUGAGCCAACAAGGAAAUCAACGAGCCAAGCGAGUUUGAGCCAACAGGGUUUGACUGUACGUUAUUUAGAACAUGCGUAGCUUUUUUACCAUAAUUACUCUUCAAAGAGCUAUUAAACAUUAAAAUUAAAAUUCACAGUUUUUGAGUCCUGGGUCUUAAACUCAAAUGAAGAUGUUUAUGGAUAUGGGCCCAGAUUGAUGAAUUUGCAGAUCUAAAAGGCUCUUUUACAUAUUAUUUUUCUGAAAUUUCGCUAUAGGCCAGAGCUAAGCCACUUUUUACAGACACAUAUUUAAUAUAAAUGGAUUAAAAGUUGCAGCAAAACUUUGAUCUCUGUAUUAUUUAUGUUGAACAGAAACUAUUUUAGCAAACAUUCUUACCUUGACUGGGUUUUUUGGUUGUUGUCGUUUUUUUCAAAAUAUUCAUUGUAUUAUUAUAACCUUGGUCUGUCAUAAUUAAUGAUGCUUAUAAUAUUGUGCAAAAACUUAACAUUGGCCAUUACUUAUAAACCAUAAUGGCUAUUCAUAUUAGCUAACUUGCAUAAUUCCAUAGAUCUAGAUCUGCAGAAAACCUAAAAAGUUUGAAUCAUACUAGCUUAAAUAUUUGCCCCUUUUUAUUUUUCCAGUUUUUGGUACAUGACUUAUGAUUUAAAAAAAAGACAUUUUUGUUGGGUGCUCUAGUUGAAAUAAGAAAAGUUUUAAGACAAUUAUAGACAUUUCUAGAUUUGAGCGCAAGACUGGCGUAUCUCCUUCUUUUUGUUCACAACCACUUUGCACUUAGCCCUCGAUUUGUGGUUUAUGACUUAACUUAUUCAGGUACAUCUUACGUCAAAAACUAUAUGUAAAGAUACUUGUGGCUGGCACUGUUUUGUAAUAUGCAGAUAGAUUAGAGUAGCAGACAACAGUUAUGUAUGGCUUGAGUGAAAAUUGAAUUGUUAUAUUGUGCUCUGUUCUCUAUCGGGCAUAUAACUUUAUAUGCCUUGUAAUAAUAAUGUCACAGAUCCCUUAAAAUCUAUUGUGGAUUGAUAUGUAAGUGUUGAAAUUUCUGUUGAAUCCUCUUUGAUUAAAUACUAAAAAAUGGAUGCCAUCUGGUCAUGGUUAUGUACUCUAAUGUCAGUUUUGAAGCACUGAACAUUGUCAAAGAACGACGAAAAACAUUUAUUAAAGGGGCAUUAUAUAGGUUGAUGUGAACAUUUUUUUAUUUAAAUGCAUUAUCAUGUUCAACACAUUUGACUAAAACGAUCAAAAUCAUUUGUGUACAGUUUUGUGAUAUUGAACGAUAUUUUGGCACUUUUUUAACUGGGGAAUUGGUGGCCACUUGAAAAAAACAAUUAUAAUAAUAUUAAUGCAUUCAAAUUAAAAAAUAAUAAUUUUUCAAUCAACCUAUAUGGUGCCCCUUUAAGACGUAUGUACAAGAUGAAAGAAGGUACAUUGUAUCCUGUACGGGUGUGAUGUCGUAAGGCUGGAAUCAGUGAAGUGUGUCAUAUCCUCCACUAUCCCGUAACUCUGUCCUCUGUAAUAACAACUGCACCAACUUGGUUCCCUGCUUAUACGGAUGAAAUAGAAUUGUUAGAAUAAAACCUCUCUUAUAUCUGUAUUAUGUUUUUAUAUUUAUGAUAAGAAGGGUCAACCCAAUGAUAUCCGCUCCACUCGCCACACUCAGGUCCGUAAACUUCAUAUGGACCGGUUUCAGUGUGAUGUCACCAAAAAGCCAUAUUUGUUGGAACGCUAUUUCCAAAGAAUGCGAAACCCUGGCAAAAAGCAUGUUGAGGAUGAGCCUGUAAGAUCGUUACGAAAAGACCGGCGUGGUAGAAUGGUUCCCUCAGCAACCUCAGCUGUUACUAAAAAUAACCAGGAGAUGAAGACCCAUGAAAAGGACGGCUCAUUCAAGGCAGCCAAGCUUCUUGACUUUGAUUCCACAAGCAAUGGCAGCUUUCCCGAGAUGGCCGGUAAUUCGGAGCAGAAUCAGGUAUAUGGCCCCACGACGCGUCGCAAAUGGUCCGAGUGGAUCGCUCAACCUCAUACAUCGAGCGGGGGCCACAUUAUGUCCGUCACUGAUACGGAAAAUGAAGAUGAAGAGAACUCUAAACCACAUAAGAUGAGCGCCAACGAAAAAAUUAAGAAACAAGUGGCGAAGGUUCUUGCUCGCGAAAAACAUGCCUCAGCAGAAAGAGCGAAAAAGGAAGCAGCUGAAAGAAUCGGACGAACAGAAAGGGCAUCGGUGGAGAGAUUGAGAGCAUCUGAGGAGAAGGAAGUGCGUCAACACGUGCAGCCAGUUCGGGCGUCGUCAGCAGAGGCAGCUGGAGCAACAGAAAGACGGGCUCACUCAAUGGCAAAACAGCGGAUACAGAUGGAGCUCAACAAUCGACUUGUGCUAGAAGACACUGAAGCAGAGAAGAAAAUGGUACAUCGCCGGAAGCAGAGAAAGGUGCUGUCAGCCAUCAAGGCGCGUGCAGUGGCCAAGUCUCGAACCAAGGAGAAAGUUCUUGCCCUUGAUAGCCUUAAUCUCCUACAUUCUCACACACUUCUGUCAACAUCUACCGCAGCUUCGGACAAUAUGAGCUACAAUGAUUCCAGCAUGACGUCCAUGUCCAACUCAUACUUCAAGCCAUCCGUCCAGUCACAGUCGGUCACAGCCCUUGAGAUGGCCCCCGCCCUCCAGAAACUCAUGGAUGCAAUGAAGCAGCAGUACAUGCAGUUCCUUCUGCAUAUGCAGACCCCCAACUACCACGACUCCGUACAGAAACAGAUUGACAAUGAACAAGCCCGGCAGCGUGAUCUCAAGAGUGAGGUGGAGCGAUUAGAGAGGCAGAUACAACACCUACAGACAGAUAGCACAUGCCUGCUUAAGUCUCGACUGAAAGAGGUGGGUAUUGAUGCGACCACACCAGGAGACUUUAUCUCCCAAGCCCGGGGCAUUCUCACCCAGCAGAACGAUCUAGAAGUUCUUGCCGACACACUUCAGAGGCAGAUUGACCAACUUGAAACAGAAAACAGCAUGCUGAUGAACUCCCAGAGCCAGGCUUUUAUAGGACAGAGUUUAACAUCGGGGAAAUCCAACGGGAAAAAGAACGGCCUAGUAACGCUAUCUCAAACUCAGGAAUACAUUGCCAGCCAGGUGGCUGAAUCCUUAAUGAAGAACCAGCAGGUUCAAGCCCUGGAAUUUCAGGUCAACCAACUGGCACAAUCUUCUGGCAACGACCAGCUCAAACAUCCAUCUCAGGGAAAAUCGAAAAAUUUGGAUGGUAGAAAGAGACGGAUCGAAGAAACAGAACCGGAGAAUGUAAAUCCAAAUGUAAAUCCUGUGGAUUUUGUGAGUCCUGAAGUGUCUCAGAUUCUUGGUACUGUUAGUGAGGUUGGUCGGGAGAAAAGUUUGGGUUCUGGAUCGAAAAGAGGCAGGCCUGCUACUAAAAAUCGUAAAAACAUAUCUUCAAGGGAUUCCCCUAAAGACGCAACAACUGCUGGAGGAAAUUUAUCAAUCAGGAAACUUCUAGAAAACACAGGAACUGACCUUUGUGUAAAGGCUGACCAAGGUCAACGAAAAGCUAAAUUAAAUGGUCAUAUUGACAGAAUGGACUCUGAUCUCAGUAUACAACGCCCUAGUUUACCUAUAAGCAUUCCACUUGACUGUCUUCCCGGCAAUAAUAUGAGACGUACAACUGAAUCUGAGGGGGACAUCAGUUUAGAGAGUAACAGUGGCAACAGGAAACCAAUGAGCUCUCAGUUUGGUUCCCAUGAUGGUAGGACUGGUUCCCCUAGGAAUGAUGUCACUCAGGAAUCAGCCAAUGAACAAACAGCAUUAUCCACUAAGUCAUCGUCAUGGACUUCAGCAAAUUUUGUGUCAAAUGCUUCUCUGGCAUCAGCAAAAACGGAUUUUACUAUGGACAAAAUGAUUAUUCCUAAGAAACGAGGACACAUUUUUAAUGGGACUACAUCAGAUAUUGUGAAACAAAGUAUCAUUAAUAAGGUUGAAGGUAAUCAUCAAAAUAGAGAGAUGUAUUUGUUACCUCAGGUUAAAAAUAAAAAGGAAUCCAGUAAGAGCAAUAAGCGUAAAUCAACCUCAAAUCAGAACGCAGCGUCUAAGAGAUUAAUGAAAAAAGACAACCAACGAGAUUUAAAAUCUGGUCCGCAGUUGCUACGCAGUAUGCAACCUCCGAACUCUGCAUCACCGGAGACGAGAACAAACACGGCCAUGUUGAUUUCCACAGCCAAUCAGCCAAUAGCUAUUACUGCGAUACCGUCUCCAGAUGUCCGGUCCCAGGCAUUCAGACAGAGGAAUGAAGGCAUGGGCAAUCAUUCAUCAGCAUCACCAUUUGAUGCUUUGUUGGCCACAGCAGCAGAGGAGCACAAGUCCCUCCAGGAAGAACAAAAACAUCUGCCCCAGACAGAAGAAAGCCUUUUCAAAUCAUUUGACCUGCAAACUAAGACUCCGAAUGACAAAAAAUCAUCGGGCUCAACAUCUGAGAAGCCAAGAUUUGGGUCACCAAAGCGACGGAGAUUGAGUUCCAUUUCUCCACCUGCAUCUCCGAGUUCAAACUCAAACUCUGUGAAUUCCAAGUUAAAGCAACGCUCUCGAUCGUCAAGCAGCAGUUCAAGUUCCCGGAGUCAUAGUCGUAGCUCAUCACGUAGUAGUCGUAGCAGCAGUUCGAGUAGUGACUCGGGAGGAGAGGGACGUAAAAAGGGAUACAAGAAUCAGACGCUGCCCACUCAACCCAUGUUGGCUGUGAAAUCACUGGCCAAUACCUGGUCCUCGGUUAAUGUAUCAAGUAGUCUGCCAAAAUAUGCUAUUAACUUGAGUACAGGUACUGUACAAAGUGUGUCGAGUGGGAUGAGUUAUAGUUCUCCAAUGGCCGGGAAACAAAAAAGUGUGCUACUUAAUCACGCUCUUACAAGCUCAGUUGCAAACCCUGGUAUUCCUAGUCAGCCAUAUGCUUCGAGUAUCAUUGUACAGAACCAUAAUUUAGUCGCGCCAAAUGUGUCAUCUGCUACUCAGAUCCUUAUUAAGCCUCAUGUGCUAGUGCAAAGUUCACUGUCAAGUACUGUAUGUCAUAGACCAAGUGUAACUGUAAGUGGAAAUCAUAAGUCCUUAGAACAAACCACUGUUAAAACAUUAACACAGAAACCCAUUGCAUCCACUUCGACGAAAACUUCUCAAGCAAAAGGCAAUUUAGUUUUGAAUGCUAAUUUUCAAAAGGGUGGAGUCAAGAUAAUCACUGGUUUACAGGGUCAAACAAUCAACAGUCAGAAUGGUUCUCAGCUUCCGGUUCAAAUGGCAAUAUUGCCUCAAUCUAGUAACGGAGUAACACAGGGGUACCAGCUAUUGACAUUUGCCACUCCGAAUACUGGAAGUAAUGCAUCAUCAUCGCACAGUGUAAAUGCACACUUCGACAAUGCAACAAAACUCCAACUCAGUGCAUCAAACAUUAUUUCAUCGUCACAGAAAAAACAGUCCAGUAAAUCUUCAAAUAAGCAAUCUGGCGCAUCGAAGUAUAGUGCUAUAAUAAAUGCAAACACACAGGUUUUAGUGGGUGGUGCUUCUAGUUCAGCUAGUGCUGGAUAUUUUGACAAUGGGAAGCCACAAAAUGUGAGCAUACAGUCUAUAAAUUCAUCUGGACUUCAACUGUCAAUGUUCAACGCUGGAAUGCAACCACAAAUAGUUCCUGUGGCUUUUCAUACCCAGGCAACAUCCCAGCCAUCAAGUCAGCAGAAGACUCAAAAGCCCAAUAUUCUGAGUCAGCAAACAAAGUCUGGGCGUUUGACUUCUCCACCUCGCACCGCACACACCCCAACCCCGAUUCCCCGCAUCUACACCCCGACUCCCGGAGGGGCCUCAACCCCCAGCCUCCUCACAGACCUUUCACAUGACCACAGGUCCACUCAGAUCGGUUCCCUACUUCUAAAUCAGUCCAACCUAACCCAGUUCCAGGGAACCGGUGCUUUUAACCCCACCGGGCAGUUUAACCCUCAGGCUUACACUGGUGACCCCCGGGGUCUAGCGUUGGUCGGUAUACGGCCUGACCAGGGGGGAGAUGCCCAUCCCACACUACAUCUCCAGGGAUACCAGGGCCUCGCUUCACAGAGACUGGCCAUGUACUCUGACCAGGCGGCUGCCCUCCGGCACAACUUCCCAGCCAUGUACAGGCCAGGAGGUUGGUAAGUUAGGACAGGCGUAGGAAUCUUGGGUCACGCCAAGUAGUUCCACUGUAGCAGCACAAAACAGAGCCAGUAUGGAAAAAGAAACAUCCCAUGAAUUGAGCAGCUGUGUUGAGUUCAAAUCAAGUAUUAGAACUUAUGUCUUGAUUAAAAUGUUAAUAAAAUGCCAGAUAUUUGUGCAAGACAGGUGUUCUUGAAAGAAAAUGUAAGCUUUUGAAUAGUUGUAAGAACAAAAAAAUGAUAUUUAUGAUUCAUUCAUUUGCAACUCGUAUUGUCAUUCAUAUUUUUUACCACUGCUGAGCAGUUUAUGGGUAUUUUACUGAAAAAGAGAUCCAUUAUCCAUUCAAAGUACCUCAGUAUGAUGUUACCGAAAUGUACUAAGAAGGCCGUUUUAUGGUAGGGGACAUUCCUUGAAUGUUCAUUUUGUCAUUCAAGACUUUAUCAGGGAUAUUUAUUUCAAGUAUGCCAUGUUGUGUGGUGUCACACCAUGUUGUGUGGUGUCACGCCAUGUUGUGUGGUGUACAAAUUUUCAUGAAAUUUAUUAGGAUUGUCAUUUUAUGUGUUAUCAGAAGCACUUCUUUGCAAUGCAGUAUUCGCACAUAAAUGCCAUAAACUAUUUUUGUACUCUUAAGUUUAUUAAGUAUUUAAAUUCAACCAGACAAAACAGGUAAGUUAUUCUAGCUGUGUGUACAUUGAAUUCCAUUUUUAAAUAGUUUUCAAAUGGAAAAAUUGUUACCAAUCUUAUUAGAACUGUAGUUUUUAAAUGGGUUAUCCUUUUUCACCAUUCCUUUACUACAGACUACAUGUAUUAAAUGGUAAAGCAAGAUGUUGGUAUGUUUUUUGUAUUAUGAUAUCAAUGUUUAACACCAUUCAGAGUGAUAACAGGAACUGAACAGAAUGUUGCUAUUAGUGUAACAAAAAUAUGAUGUAAUUCAAACUGUAUAUUUGUGAAAACAAGGAUUGAAAAGGAUUGUCUAGGAAAUAACCAGUAAGACCAUUGGAAAAAUAAAGUUCAAGUUUAAAAGUGAGUGUACUAAACAAUUAAUGAACAGAAAGAAAAUUCAUAAGUUGCAAUGUUGUUAUUUUGAAGUGUUUUUUCAAUGUAAAGAUUUAGUUUUUUAACUGAAUUCAAAAUGAUUUAUCCCAUUGUUUUACCAUAUAGUUCUAUUAAGCCACAUAGUGAUAAUUGAUUCCGAUAUAAAUGCUAUCGAUUAUCAGCAACCUCAAUCAUAAUCAACUGAUUUUCAAAAAUACUCCAUCAUCCUUUUAUCCCUAAUGAAUACAUUAUCCUUAAAAGUGCUUAUCUGUGGCUGUGGCAUCUGACACAUGCCUGAAAGUGUGCCAUUUUGUAAAAUUGUACUUAAGUUGUGUUUGUUUUUAUUUAUGUAAUAAAUAUACUUAACUUUAGGAAGUUACUUUGUUGUUAAAAUGGUUACUUUUUAUUUCUUUAGGAUUCAUGUAUCACUUAUAUUACCCCUGUAAACAAAGUUUGAAGGGAGUUAAAUUGGAGUCACCAUACGGUCGGUUGGUUUGUCAGUGCCCUUGAGUAUGAUUUUCACACUUUUGGCUUUUAAGUUUGUGGGGCCAACUAUUCCCAGAGUUUUAGAGAUAUAACUCUGAUACUUGGUAAUUACCAGUAUUGGGCUAAAAACAGAUUAUCGAUAGUACAAUCAGUCUUUUACGAAAUCUUAAUUGUAGUUUUAUUGUUGUACAAUAACUCGUAAUCCUUAAAAAUGCUUAUGUUAUGUUUGCAAGUGUUUAAUGUUGUUGUUGAUUCUGGCCAUAUUGUUGACCAUAACAACUUAAAACUUUCAAAUGUAUAAAUGAACUCAAAGGAGAAAAUUGGCUAAAAUUCAGGCCCAACCAAUCAGUUUUCGAUUAUAAUCAAAUCGGAACAUCACUAGUAAUCACCUUGAUGGGUAGUAGUGCCUAGCGUUAUUUUCUACAUUUAUUGAUUAUCUGAGAAAGAAUUGUCCUGGCUAACUCUUUUUGAGUUAUGUGACUUUGAACGUCAGUUUAACAGUUCUCAUGAUGUUUCUAGAUUAAUUUUGUGGCAAAUAAUACUUAGUGUCCUCGAUAUAAUCAUCUAUUACGAUUCUAAUUUUUAAUUUAUGAUGAUUCUUAUUCCAAUGUUUACCUGAGUCAACUAACAUCCUGUGUAAGGGUGGCGUGCGGGGGCAGUUAUCACUCCUGGGAUACCUCUAGUUUAUUUUUCUUUCCUUUGAAUGCAAUUGUACAUGUCAUUGUUAUUAUUUCACUUUGUUUUAAAUGCACAUGUCGAUUUUACUUUUAGCAUGCAAGAUACAUUUUUACCAUGGUGUACAUGUACAUAAUGUGUUAACUUAUUACAGCUUUAACUGUUGCCAUUUUAUACAUUUGUGCUUUUUUUCUGUAAGAAAGUCAUUUUGUAUGUAAAAUUUUAAAGCUGUAUAUUGUGAUCAGUUAAAAACACAUAAAAAAUUGUUAUCAUUUUAUAGGGUCAGAUUGAAACAUAGUUUCAAAUUGCGAGCAAUAUGCUUGUUUCUAUGAUAAAACACCAUAAAAAUAUUAAGAGCAAUAUUUUUACCAAUUACUAAAAGAAUAUGACAGGAAAUGCAAAAAAAUGCAGAAAAGCAUUAGUAAAGCCUUUGAGAAUUUACCAAGUCUAAACAAACCUCUGAACGAUUGGCCCAAUGAAUAUGAAACUUGGUAGACAAUGCACAAAUGUGUAGCAAGUCCCAUCGGUCUGGUUAAUUUAUAUUAUUUGCCGAGUUAUACCAAUUGCUCAGCUUAAAAAAAAUGAAAACGCAUUGAUAUCUUAUUUUAUCCAAAUACGUACACCUUAAAUUUUUUGCAAAAUCGUUUGAGUUUUUAUUUGCUGACAAUUCAAUGUUUAUGAAUCUUUCCCCUUGAAAUUAAGAAAGAGUUUAAUAAGUAUUUAUUUCCAUGUAAAAAUAUCUUCGUUUUUAGAACAUAAGCCAGAGUGAUGUUUCCUUUAAAUGUGCAGUCUGUCAGAUCACAAUUUGCAACCAGAUCAAGCGAAGUAUACUAAUUUUUAUACCCCUGUUCAUAGAACAGGACGUGUUAUAGUUUUUUUGUCAGGCAAGCGGCAUCCAGUAGCAUCCAGUAUGUUGUCUGAUUAAUGUAUAUUUAGAAGGCUUUGACCAAUCAUCGCUGCCAUGAAAACAGCCAUUUUGCUCAAGUCACUCAAGAGUUAUCACCCUUUAAUUAUAGAAUAUACCUCAAAUCGGUCUGGUCCGAGCCAUAACUCUGGAACCUUUUGUCCAAUGAUCACCAAAUUUGGUCUGAAUGUGAAUGUGCUAAGUAUAUUUUGACAAGUUUGGUCGACAGCCACUCAGGAGUUAUGACCAUUAAAUUGGCAAAAACUAUUUACAGUGUCCGCUCUCAGAACUUAUCACCAUGCUUGUACUUGGAGUCUUAAAAAUUGAAAGGUUUUUUUUUGCAACAGUUGCCGGACUGAAAGUUGUUUGGUGAGUGUUAAUAUUUAAACAUUUUUUAAUAUUUAUAAAAUAAGGCUGUUGUGCUUGAUGUCAAAUGGAUACUGCCAAGUUGUUGUCAAACAAUGACAGCAGUGUGUGUUAUUAAAUAAAGGCUGUUGUGCUCGAUGUCAAAUGAAUACUGCCAAAUUGUUGUCAAACAAAGGCUGCAGUGUUUGUUAUCAAAUAAAGUCUGUUGUAUGCUAUGCUGACCGGAGUUCUUUAUGUUGUGUACUAUCUGUGACUUUAUAGUAAGUCAGAUUUAGAAAUAUGUAGCACAAAGAAAUAGGUCAGUUUAGUUUAUUCUGCACUGGAAAAAUAAAACUCAAGUGAAGAAUUUAUUCUGCAAUACAGGCCAGUAGAAGGCAUUCAAAAUGUGUUGUGUAAGUUUUCAUUCCACUCAUGGUGUAAAUUAAAACAAAAAAUAUCAUUACCAAUUAUUUUUUAUUUUUAUAUCAAAACAAUUGUUGUUUGUUAAAAAUUAAUAUUUGUUAGCUUAGUUAAAAUCUUGAAAUAUAUAACUUUUUUGUUAAGUAAAUGAACAUGUUUAUAUUAACAUUGUUAUGGACAGUAAACUGGCGAUCUAUAUCUUUUUAAAGUGUUUUUGUUACCUAUAGUCAAAAUGGAAUUUAUUUUUAUUAGUUUGUGUAACAACAAAUGAGUUUAGUUAUGUAUUUAACAAAGUCAUCAUUUGGAGCAAAAUUAGAAUGUUUAAUGUUUAUUUUGUUCAUAUUUUCUAGCUCAAUGCCUGAUUUACAUUUUGUAUAUGUAAAUAAUAAAACUAAACCAGUGUG